AUGUCGUCCUCGAUCCGCAACACAACGGCCGCCGUCCGCCGCAUAGCUGCGACCAGCACCAGCACCGUCGGCCGCAGGAACCUGUCGUCGACGCCCCGCCGCCUCGGCGGCGACGCGCACGCGCACGGCGACCACUACGACCCGCCCAGCGGCUGGCUGUUCGGCGUCCAGCCCGGCAAGUACCAGCAGGAGGGCUGGGAGAAGGUCUGGUUCUGGGGCUUUUUCGGAAGCCUCGGCAUGGCGGGUCUGGCGUACUGCUACAAGCCCGACACGAGCAUACAAACCUGGGCUCUUGAGGAGGCCCGGAGACGGCUCGAGGCCGAGGGUAUCCUGGAGGACAAGAACUAA